AUGUCCCAACAAAACACUGUAAUUGUUGUCGGCGGCGGUUUAGCUGGCCUCACAGCUGCUGUCGAAGCACAUAACCAAGGUGCUGCAAAAGUUAUCUUAAUUGAAAAAGAAAAGAAUGUUGGUGGUAACUCUCUGAAGGCUUCCUCAGGUAUCAACGCUAUUGAACCUCUCAACAACGAUUCUCGGGAAACAUUCAUUAAAGAUACUCUGAAAUCUGGUGGAGGACUGAGUCGUAAAGAUCUCGUCACUAAGCUUGUUGAUGACAGUCGUUCUGCCCUCGACUGGCUUAUCAAAGAAAGUGAAUUUGAACCUGGAAAACCUACGCUUGAUUUAUCCCUUGUUUCUCGCUGUGGCGGCCAUACUGUCGGCCGCACGCAUCGAUGUCCUGCUCAAAAUGGUCGCCCAGUUUCUGUUGGCUUCAAGCUUAUUGAUACCUUGAAGAAGCGUUUCUUGUCUUUCUCCGAUGUAGAAAUAAUGACAAACACGCGUGUCUUAAACUUAUUGAAGGAUAAAGAAACCAAUCAAAUCAAGGGCAUUGAAGUUUUGAAGAAGGACCCUGAGACAGAUACAGAGUCUCGACAAACGAUUGACGCUAAAGCUGUCAUUUUAACUAGCGGUGGUUUUGCAGGUCAAACAGGUACAGAUUUGCCAGAUGGUAGACAUACUCUUUUGAGUGAGUUUGCUCCUCAGUUGCUGAAUAUUCCUACUACGAACGGUCCAUGGGCUAAUGGUGAUGGUGUUCGUCUUGGUUUGGCAGUCGGAGCUGGAAUGAGGGAUAUGGAUCAAAUUCAAGUUCAUCCUACUGGUUUCGUUGAUCCUAAUAAUCCUACUACUCCUACAAAGUUCUUGGCUCCCGAGGCUCUUCGUGCUUACGGCGGCGUUUUGUUAAACGGUGAUGGUAAGCGUUUUGCUGAUGAAUUAACUACACGUGACCGCGUCACUGCCGCCAUUUAUCAACAGACACACACUGUUCAUAAUCAUGUGAAUGGUAUGAUGGCUAAAGCAAUACCAGAAAAGUAUACUGCUGCUUACUUGAUUUUAACCGAGGAAGCCGUUGAAAAUUUCGGUAAGAGUACUUUGGGCUUUUACGUCUCAAAAGGUCUCAUUCAACAAGCCGAAGGACUGGAUAAUUUGGCCAGGUUACUGGAUGUGGAAAAAAAAGAUUUAGAAAAAGAAUUCAAGGAGUAUGAUGAAUAUGUUCGUGAAGGACAAAAAACGGACAGGUUCGGAAAGACCUUCUUCCCUAGUCCCAUCAGUAAUCCUACCACCUAUUGGGUUAGUUUGAUUACACCUGUUGCCCAUUACACUAUGGGAGGCUUGCAUAUAAAUAUCGAUGCUGCUAUCUUGGAAGAGGAUGAAAAAACACCUAUUGCCGGUCUCUAUGGCGCCGGUGAGGUUACUGGCGGUGUUCAUGGUCAUAAUCGUUUGGCUGGUAACUCACUUUUGGAAUGUGUCGUUUAUGGUAUCACCGCCGGCCGUAAUGCUGCCCUUUAUGCCAACAAGCAAUAG